UAUUGAGGCUAGAGCUGGAAGAACAUCGAUAGCUUUUAGAAAACGUACUCAAGCUUACAUAUAUCGUAUAGUGAUAGUAUUGCUGAAAUAUAAAAUAUUAGAUUUCAUGAAGUUGAUCUCAUGAAGAUUUGUAAUCUUCAUUGAUAUCCAUUGAUAUCGCAGUUGAACCAGAAACUGGGAGCGUUUAUGUACUUGUUGCUAUAUGAAAACAGCUGUUUCUUGUUUUGAUUUGAACAUACGUUCAUAUGUACACAUACAGAAAUUAUAGAUGAGAAUUAAUUGGAGCAAAGCAAGAGUAAGGUGGACAUAAAUUCCUGAAUUUAUGUUAUAGCUCAACGUCUGAGAGAAUCCUCGAGAAACCCGACGCCGAGAUGAAGUUCCGCGGUAAUGGAAAGCUUUUGUGGAAUUUGACGAAGAACUCCUUUGCCCAGCAGUCUCCAAAUGGGAUCGCCAAGAAAGUGCUGCCCGCCAGCAGCUACAGCACCGCCCAGAAGACCAUCCCCUUGGAGCAGCCGAAUCUGCUGAAAUACCACGUCCUGCCGCUGGAAGAAACGCUGAACCGCUUCAUGACCACUGUGGAGCCUCUGCUGACAUCGGAGGAGUUUCAACAGCAAAAGGGAAUCACUUCCGAGUUCUUGAAGAAGCAGGGACGCGAACUGCAGCUGCUCCUGGAAGAAGCCGGCAGCAAGGAGAAGAAUUGGUUAGCCCACCGCUGGCUGAAGGCCGCCUAUUUGACCUAUCGAGAUCCAGUCACCGUGUUCGUGAGUCCCGGCAUGACCUUCCCCAAGCAAAACUUCAGGGACUCACUCGCUUUCGUGGACUAUACAGCCAGGGUUAUCUAUGGACUGGGCGAAUUCAACGACAUGGUGCACGCCAAUAAAAUUCCUAUCGUUAAAAUGGGCAAGAACGAGCUGGACAACAGCCAGUUUGGCAAAGUAUUUGGCACAUGUCGAAUUCCCAGAAGGGGCACCGACGAUAUCGUAUAUAAUCCCGAAUCCGAUUAUGUGGUGGUGAUCUACAAGAAUCACUUCUACCAACUGAAGAUAUACAGUAAGGAGGGAAAGCUCAUUGCUGCUCCAUGUCUGGCUGCCCAACUGGAGAAUGUCGUGUUGAAGGAAACGCAAGUGGGAAUUCCCUAUGGUAUUCUGACAACUGACUCCAGGGACAACUGGGCUGAAGCCUACGAAUAUCUGGCUGAGACUCCUGACAACAGGGAUGCCCUUAAAACCAUUCAGGGAGCUCUGUUCACCGUCUCACUUGAUGAGGGUACAUCCCUUAAGCAAGGCGAAGAGGCCGACGAACUUAUUCUAUCGCUGAUCCAUGGCAGUGGCAGUAAGAGCAACAGCGGCAACCGCUGGAUGGACAAAACUAUUCAGCUGGUGGUGAACCCCAAUGGAAACGUUGGAUUCACCUAUGAGCACUCGCCGGCUGAGGGCCAGCCCAUUGCGAUGAUGAUGGACUACGUGGUGCAAAAGAUGAAGGAAGACCCUAGUUUCGGGGAAAGCGGCUCAAAGGACUUUACUCCCGCACAGAAAAUACUCUUCUCUUCGACCAAUAAAAGUCUAGAGAACUCAUUGUCCGUCGCCCAGCAAAACGUGGAUAAACUUGCCAAUGCUCUCCAAAUGAAGGUUCUAAAAUUCACCGGCUUUGGAAAGGAUUUCAUAAAGAAGCAGCGUUUGGGUCCGGACAGCUUUGUUCAGAUGGCGCUGCAGCUCGCUUUCUACAAAAUGCACUCAGAACCACCAGCGCAGUAUGAGUCGGCGCACCUGCGCAUAUUCGAUGGCGGACGAACCGAAACCAUACGCUCUUGCUCGAACGAAUCAUUGGCCUUCUCCCGCGCUAUGCAGGACUCCAAUGUUACCGACAAGGAACGCGCCGCUAAGCUUCGUGAGGCAGUAGUGUCUCAUCAGACGUAUGCUAAGCUGGCUCUUCAGGGGAAGGGUGUUGAUCGUCACCUGCUUGGACUGAAGCUGAUGGCUCUGGAGCAUAGCAAGCCAAUUCCCGAGUUCUUCAAAUCACCAGGCUUUGUCAAGUCGAAUCACUUCCGCAUGUCCACCUCACAGGUGGCCACUAAAUACGAUGCUUUCAUGGGAUACGGUCCGGCGACUGACGAUGGUUAUGCAUGCUGCUAUAAUCCACGGGAUAAUGACAUAAUAUUGGCCAUAUCCGCUUGGCGCCAUUGUCCAAUAACGGAUCACUUGAAGUUCGCCGAGACCCUCGAGCAAUCCUUUUUCGAAAUGAAGAAUGUUCUGGAGAAGAACCCGCCUGAGACUAAGUCGAAGUUGUAGAAAUGUUCCAGAAUAAUGCAAUUUAUCAGAGAUUAAACUUUAAAUGACUUGAUUAAUGUACGCUCAAAUGAUGAAAGGGUUUGCACUGGAUGGGAAAGUCAACCCGAAAACCUUUGCAACUAAAUUGGCCUAAUAGCCAGAACUAAGAUGUUAUUCACUUUACAUCCUAGCUCUUAAAAUCAGUCCCUUUUAAAAGUUUACACCUUGUUACUUUUUGAGACAAAUGCAAUAUUUUUUUAAAAAUUACAAAUUUAAGCCAUUUAUCCUGUAACUUGCAUGGGAUAUCGUUGUACAAAUAUUUUCACAUAUACGGGUUUAAGAACUGAAA